CACACACACACACACACACACACACACACACACACACCCACACCCACACACACACACACACACACACACACACAGCUGCUACGGAACCAUGACAGAAGAUGACGGAUACAGUUGUCGCGGAGGGACAAGUCAAGUUUAGAGAUGGAAAAAAGUGGAAGACUCGGUGGGUCGUUCUUCGGAAGCCCUCCCCGGUCGCAGACUGCCUGUCUCUGCUGGUGUACAAGGAGAAGAAGAAAGGGAAGGAGAAGGGCGGCGGGCACAAGGAGAGGCUCAGUGUGACACUGGAGGGGAUCUGCGGCGUGGAGCCGGGGCCCGGCUAUGACGGGGUAUCCUACACACUCUCCAUCCUCUGUCUGGCACACACGCUGGUCCUGGGCUUCAACAGCCGAGACGCCCUGCUGGCCUGGGAUGCCCGCGUCCGCUACAGCCUGGGAGAAGUCCACAGGUUCAGUGUCAAUGUCGAGCCAGGUACCAAACUGGAGAGCGGCGCCGCCUCCCUCCACCUGUGCAACAACCUGCUCGUCCUCACCAGGGGCGUCCCUCCUGUCGUCAUUGGACACUGGAAGUUGUCGGCGCUGCGUCGGUACGGUGCUGUGCCGAAUGGCUUCGUGUUCGAGGGGGGGACUCGCUGCGGAUACUGGGCUGGUGUUUUCUUCUUGUCCUGUUCAGAAGGAGAGCAGAUCAGUUUCCUGUUUGACUGCAUUGUCCGGGGCAUCACCCCCAGCAGGACCCCUCAUGGCCUAAGACCUUCACUUCCUGAUCUCAAUGCUGACCCAGCGUUGGCAGAGGAGCGAAUAAGCCAGGAGGCGUCAGAUCUGGAGAAACGACUCAGCAUGUUGUCUCAGUGCAGCUUAGCGAGCAGCACGGCUUCCACUUACAGCUGCAGCACAUCUGUUGCCGGGGACGACCAAAGCAUCUCCAGCUCCUCCUCCAGCCAAUCGGACACGAGCUACGGAAGCAGACUCCCAUUCUGGGUGGAGCCGUUAUCUAGGCAGCACCUCCCCAGCGAGACAGCGUCCAGCUCCUCCACGCUGAAGGCGUUGACCAGUUCAGAUGACCGACUCUACGCCGCUGUGAUGGGGAGCUCCGGGACCCGCCCAUCCUCCGCCCAGCUCCAUCCUCGUGGUCUCCAUGACAGCGGGCGGCAGAGCUCGUUAGACAGCGGGAUCGGGAUAGCGACAGGCAGUCAGUCGUCUUAUUCAGGGAGCUGCUCCUCCUACACGGGGAGUCUGGACACAGCCAGCCAGGGAGGGGUGGAGGAGUUCGGCUCGGUGGCGAGCCUACCUGCUUUUCCUUCUUCACCUCCCUCUGCUCCUCCCCCCACUCCUCCGCCUCCUCCUCCUUCUCCUUUUCAGUGCACCCCUACCCCAGACCACAGUUCUACUUCUGCCUCCUCCUGCCCUUGUGCCUCCAGGUCGAGCUCCAGUGCGUCCCGGAGGCACAGCGGCGAGUACCAAAUCCCUAGCCUGCUCAGACUGCGGUACGACACCCCCAGAAGUGUGCUCCAGACCCUCUCCCUGAGGGAACCCACCACCCAGCAAGGCCAGCCUGAGCCAGGCAGGGGCAGUAAGAGCAGUUCUGAUGGAGGGGGAAGUCAGGGACAAACGCUGAGCAUCAGCCCUAUAAGACUUGCUCAGCGUCAGGCCAUGAUGCAGCGCUCGCUCUCCUGGGGCAGUGAGAGGGCGCCCUCUGUGGACAGUGAGGGGAGGUCCACACCCAGAACCCCACUGGUGCCUGGAGAAACACAGUGCGGUCAUGGUUUGGACAACUACAUUACACCAGAACAGUGGCGGUCAGCGAGGACCAGAUGCCUGACUCAGGAUGCCAACUUACCAUCGAGCCUGUCACCAUCUGCAGAUACACAAGAUCCUCCUCUCUGUGUGACGGAGGAACGUGAUGACACUGGGGAUGUUGAUGAUGAAUUGGCAGGCCUGAAGAGGUCAGUGCUCUCUCAGCGACCCUCUGCCCCUCCACCUCUGCCUGCUCCACUGAGCGUGUUCAGGCCAACAUCAGCCUGUGGUAUGUUUCAGUCUGUCAAUCCGUCGGCAUCCCUGGACACUAGGCUCCAAAGUGACAGCGCACCUAAUUAUGUUAACAUCCCCAUCAGCCACCUGCCAGCGAGACCUAACAAGGAGCUGCUCUACACAGAGCUGGACCUGCAGGAGCCCGGCUCAGCUCCAGCCUGCAGUUCAUACAGUGCUGUCAGAGAUAACACUCUGCUGCUCUGCAGACCCAGUAAGAACACUGAGCCCUAGAUGGCCAUUUUAAAUCUCUAUUUGUCUUCCCCCCCGUUGCUGCUUUCUUCUUUCCUAUCUGGUUUGCAAUAAUAGUUUCAGCUUUUGCAUCCCGUGUCUCUACCACCCUAAUAAGGCCCAAUGUCUUAUUAGCAUGCAGUAGUGUUGUCAGAUUAUUGGAAUUUCUAACUCUGAUACAGCACAUUCAAAACCAUACCGGUAUACAAUAGGAAGGGGAAAAAUUUAAAAACAUUUUUGGAUUUUUAUAAAAAUAUAACAGGGUUUGUGUGGUGUCUGUUACGAACAACAGCUUUAAAUAUAAUUCUAGAGAAGGUGGGGAUAUGUGGGAUAACUGUCCUCUAUUCAGUUUUGUUAUGUGUUUACUUUUUACUGGCAGGGUGGUUGAUUUUUUAGCUAUUUCAUAGGUAUGUCUACUGAUUAUUACAAAUGUACAACCAAAGAAAGUGAUAACACUGCUACCAUUAUGACACACUAGCAUAACUACAAAACAGGUUUGGUGAGAGCAUUGCUUAUUUUCCCAGCUCUCUGUAUUUAUCAGUUAUAUUUGAAAAUGUGUACAAGGAUGUUUUCUGUGCCGUUAGUUAUGAAGCAGGAACAAAUCAGUGCACUGGGUAGAACCAAUUUAUUUAUGUAAAACAGACAUGAAUUAGAUUUUUUGUGCAGGUUAGAACUUAAUUCAUCAUUCAUCAGUUUAAUCACACAUUUCUGACUUGUGACAUAAAGCAGGUUACAAACAAUCUAAAUGUAUUAACAUUCUCUGCUGUGAGUUGGCAAAUUAAAGAGGACAUCUUGAGAUAAUUGUAUGCAUAUUUACAGUCAGAGGGAAUGAAUGGUUUAGUGGUGCAAUUCAGCACCACCAAUGAGGAAAAUGUAAUUUAAAAAAAAUGUAUGCUUUAUUUUAUACAGGGUCAUUUGAGAGAUCACUGCGUGUUUGUCCUGCAUGUGAGUAUUUUUAAAUGAAAGAGCGCAAAGCAGAGAUGUUUUCUCUUUUCUUCCCCUCUACCACCAAUUUCCCGACCAGAAGAGGGCUCCAUCAGAUACGCCCACCUCGACAUCACUGCCAUGGAAACGGCUCAGAGAGUGGGGGCGGAGCAUGUUCAGGGCAGGGAGGACAGACUGACUCAGCUCGAGAGCAGGCGGCGAGGGCCACCAAUCUGACAAUGCUACGCCCAACUCCGUGACACUUCAAAAUAGUUUUCACUGCUGACUCUCUGGAUCUCUCUGAAUAAGCUAAAGCGCUCCAUUGCAGUUGUUGGUCAUACCAAUCACUCCUGUACUUCAAACACACCCACAGUUGUCCCGGUGUACAGCAGUUUCCCAACAACAAUCCAUUCCACUAAGAAGAAAAUAGGAAAAGUCUGGGAGAGUCUCUUAUGCAGCUGCCAUCUUGGUUUUGUUUUGUGUUCUGUUGUAAUUUCUCACAUAAUUGUACUUAAUUAGCGAUUUCCUGUGUCUCUUCUUGAUGACUUUUACCUGAGAAAUGUUACUUUUUUGGCUGCAUGGCACUUAUGUCUGCUGAGGUCGGAGGAAAAGCUAUCUGCCUCUUCAAAGAUUCUCUCAGGAAGACUGUUGAGUAUUCAGAUAAACUGCCUUAAUUAUGCAUGAAUGGCACCAAACAAUGUUUACCACUUAUAUUACAGAGACAAAGAUUUGCUUUGCUUGGCAACAAGUUGUGUUUUAUUAAGCUUUACUUCCUCAGACUCUCUGGGUGUGGUUCUAUUUAUUGUUACUUUUCUUACCAAGAGGUCACAGACUGCCAUUAUUUAAAUUGAAAUGAUUUAUUGCAGCAUUCAAGCAGAAUAUUAUCAAAUAAUGAGAUCGAGCCCCCUCUCAUCGCACUGACACCUUACAAUCAACUGUUAAGAGUCCCAGCUUGCUUGGCUAUCAUUCCACAUCAGAGCUUAAAUGCAUUCGAUUGAAAUAAGCAGCUUAGAGUUAUAGCUCAGGUGCAAAUUACAUUAAUCCAGGCCCAUGUGGCCCGAGCAGGACAUGACUGAGUAAUCAGCUUGCCAGUAACAUUAUUCAUCACGGUAAUCAAUGUCUCUGCUUCUGCUCUGUGAGAGGGCAGGAAUUGAUGAAUGGUAAAGCACAGUAUGUGUGUGUUCCAAUUUCUCACCUCCCUCUUGAUAUCAUCAAGACAAACUGUCCAAUAUUUGACACUAAUUUAUUUUUAUGGUGGCGGCUCCCCACCAGUGUUUCUGAGGUGAAGACGACGAGAGAGAAACAACUUGAGAAUGAGUUAGAAAAACUUUUAGCUGAGACUAGCUUGCUAAUGUCACUACAGGGACUGCCGUCCUCUACCCAACUUGUAAAUACUGACUGCUUUUAUUUAUGCUAAGACAGUAUGAAUGAUAUGAAACUAUAUUUUUAAAGUAUUACUGUUUGUAUGUUGUUGGCACCCGUAUCUUACUGAAUAUUAAAGAUUGCUGUUACA